AUGCCCGGAGGAUUUGAGAAGUCAGUAAAAGGGGCCACGAAGCUCAAGCUUGCGGCCCCUAAAUCCAAAUACAUAGAGAAUAUCCUUGUGGCAACUCAUACCGGCGAGGCAGGAGUCGCAGAGGUAUUCCGAACCCUCCAGAUACGACUCCGAGACUCGGCAUGGACCAUUGUUUUUAAGGCGCUCAUCGUCCUACACCUCAUGAUCCGAGAGGGUCAACUGGAUGCUGCGCUGGGCUACUUGUCCGAUAAUCCAAAGAAAAUCGCGCCCAGCAAUUUCUCUGAAGCCCAAUCGCAGGGACAUAAUAUCCGACGCUAUGCCGAAUACCUUAUCACGCGCGCCAAGGCAUUCGACGCUUGCAAGACGGAUCAUGUACGAAGCGGACCGGGACGGCUGAAGAGAAUAGGCGUGGACAAAGGCCUGCUGAGGGAGACGGAGAUUGUACAAAAACAAAUUCGUGCAUUGCUGCGAUGCGAUCUAUUGACGGAUGAGCCCGAGAACGAGAUCAGUUUGACCGCGUUCCGUCUCCUCACACUUGAUCUAUUGACUCUAUAUUCAGUCAUGAAUGAGGGCACGAUCAAUGUUUUGGAACACUACUUUGAGAUGUCGCGGCCGGAUAGUAUACGUGCCUUGGCAAUCUACAAGACGUUCACAAAGCAAACGGAAGAAGUGGUCCAGUUCUUGGGGGUGGCAAGACAUUUCCAAUCUGCCACCCGCCUAGAAAUCCCGAAGCUCAAGCAUGCCUCAACAGACUUGGCGCGCCUUCUCGAGGAUGAUCUCAAUGAUCCUGAUUUCGAUCUCCGCCGACGGGAGUACUUGGCCAAGAAAGGUGUACGCGUUCCGCCGAACAUGGAAGCCAGUACGACUGCAGAAGUAUCAAAGACAACGCCGAACCCGCCAGCGUCAAACCCACCCAAGCAGGCUGAACAACCGAAGCCACCGCCUGUGGAUCUCAUCGACUUCUUUGAUUCAAUUGAGCAGAAUCAGCAGCCCAUGGGGCAACAGAACCCAACGCAGUACCAGCAACCAGAGUUCCAACAGCAAUCGCAGCAACCAUUCUAUCCCCAGCAGACUGGCUUCCAGCAGCAACCUCAAGCGAUCCAGCAGCCUUUGGGAACUGGAUAUGGCCAGCCGACCCAGUAUGGGGCGCCUUAUCAAGCACAAAGCCCAAACAAUCCAUUUGGGCAGCAGCAACAACCACAACCGCCGCCGCCGCAGCCACUUCAAGCUAUGCCAACUGGGGCUGGAUUUGGAGGGUACUCUCCCCAGCCUCCGCAGCAGCAGCAGCAGCAGCAGCAGUAUGGGUUCCAGUCGCAACUGGCUCCUAUUCCCCAGCAAGGCAUUGCCUCAUUCCCUCAACAACAACAAGCACCUCAGACCUUGCAGCCUUUGCAGCCCCAGCACACAAAUCCCUUCCGCCAGUCAAUGAUGCUCAACACUCCCACCGGCGCUCAGCCACCCGCCGCUCCUCUAUCGCGACAGAACACGAACCCAUUCGCGAGACGACUCUCAACCGCAACCCCGCAAUAUAAUCCCUCAAACGAGCAAUUUCAGCCCGCGCAAUCUCCGCAAGCGCAGCAGCUUCCACAGCCACAGGCGCAGCCGAUCCAACCUCAGCGGACGGGAACCAAUCCUUUUGCGCGGGCCUCUCCUGCUCCGCAACAAGGUCUGCAACCACCAGCAGCAGCUCCCUUGCGGCCUAACCCAACUGGUAGCACCAAUCCUUUCCGACAGAGCCAGUUUAUCAAUCAGCAGACCGGACAAGGUUGGCAAAACAGUGGGCAGAGUGGUACAAUUGGCGGAUUAGAACAGCUGGACACGGUGCCAAUCUUCCCGCGCCCCGGCAUGACCUAA